AUGAACUCUACAUCGCCAAGCGGUGCAGCCACCGUUGCUAAUAUUGCCUACUGUUAUGUACUGCCGAUGGUGUGCGCUAUAGGAGUUAUAGGAAACAUUACAAAUCUCGUCGUCCUGGCAAGUCGUCGAUUACGAGCUGUAUCCUAUAUGUAUUUAAGAGCACUAGCUGUAGCCGAUCUACUCUGUAUGAUAUUCGUUCUACUAUUUGUAACAACUGAAAUUCUAACAAAAAAUGGUGCUCCAAUCAAUCAAUAUAAAGUCUAUCAAAUAUAUCAAUGUCACUUUAUGCUCACAUUAAUCAACUGGGCACUUGGUGCUGGAGUAUAUGUGGUGGUCGCGUUAUCACUUGAACGAUAUAUAUCCAUCGUAUUCCCAAUGCAUUUUCGGGAAUGGAAUUCACCACGACGAGCAACGAAUGCUAUUGCUAUAGCCUAUAUUAUUCCGGCUCUAUUAUAUGUACCAUAUGCUAUCACUCGAUAUAAAAGUAUUGAGAAAUGGGAUGAAAAUGUUAACGCUACAAUCUAUAGAAUCGAUGAUCAUGAAGUGUACAGAACGAUACCGUGGCAGAUUUAUAAAUGGACACGAGAAACGAUCCUACGUUUUCUUCCUAUUGUUACUCUAUCUGUGCUUAAUAUUCAAAUUAUGAUUGCCUUUCGUAGGCGACAAAAAAUGUUCCAUAAAUUGACGAAAAGAAAUGAACAAGGAGCACAUAAGGAUGAUACGUUAAUGUAUAUGCUUGGAGGGACAGUAUUUAUGUCAUUGGUUUGUAAUAUUCCAGCAGCAAUAAAUUUACUUCUGAUAGAUGAGAAGACAUAUGCAAAUCGAUCACGAUUACGAUCAUUCGUGAAACGGACACAAUCUGCAAUAACACGGGAUAAAGACAGCUCGAAUCCACCUACCUCAAGUCCUAAGGCUGUCGACUCACAUCUCUCAAAAACGUCACGUACAGGUCAAGCUGAACCUGAAACUGUCGACGUUCACCUGGCAUCCGGAGAAGAAAGCUUGAGCGAUGGGAAAGAGUCCGACUCUCUUAUUAAAUAUGGCGCUGUUGCAAAACUCUCAACAGAUACCAAUGUGCCUGUAAUACUCUUCGAUAGCUUCGUACAAAUGGAAACGCCAAAAAAUGGAUCCGGAGAUCGGAAGCACUCAUUAACGCAAAAAUGUGACACGUACAACACAUUCGGAUUUUCUGGGACUGAAAAUUGUACAGCAACGGUUAUGAACUCAUAUGUGAAGGGAAUAGCUGAAAUUCGAUAA